CCACGGCCCAAGCCCGACGACCCUUCCUCGAGCAGCUACGCGUCCAGCGUGGUGCGGUGGAACAGGACGACGGGGAGGUCGCCCGCAACCGAGCAGCAGACGUUCACCUGGACCAUUUUGUUCCUAUUGGUACUCGUGUUCUCCGCUUCCGCGGACCUGCAGAAGGCUACGUCCAGAGAACGUUCCUCCAAAGAAGAGGGAGUGUGCCAAAGCAUAGACAUAAGAAACGCCGUGCGUCACUUCUCAAGACUGAAGGGAUGCCGACUAGUCGAAGGAUUCGUACAAAUUUUGCUGAUCGACAACGCCGAGUCAUCCGAGUACACCAACAUCUCUUUCCCGGAGCUGAGAGAGAUCACCGGAUACCUGCUUCUCUAUAGGGUAAAAGGAUUGCGCAGCAUCGGUCGCCUGUUCCCCAACCUGACCGUGAUCCGUGGCCACUCUCUGUUCAUCAACUACGCCCUCGUGGCUUUCGAGAUGAUGAAUCUGCAGGAGAUCGGGCUGCACAGCUUAACCACCAUCGUGAGGGGCUCCGUCCGUUUCGAGAAGAACCCCGCGCUCUGCUACGUGGACACGAUCGACUGGGACCUGAUCGCCAAGGCUGGCAAAGGGGAGCACGUGAUCGCGGGGAACAAUCCAAAAAACGGGUGCCCGGUGUGCGAGAAGCACUGUCCGCAAAGACUGACCAAGCAGGAUGAAUACCUCUGNGGGCGCCGUACGCCUUCUAACCAGUCUGCGACCGGAAGUGCGAGAACAACGCAUGCGACGAGGCCGGGAAUUNGGCUGAGCACGAUAGAGGAGAUAGACGGUUACCUGAAGAUCGUGCGCAGCUUCCCCCUCAUAUCCCUCAACUUCCUCAAGAAUCUUCGAGUGAUAAGGGGCAACGACAUCGACAACUCCAAGUACACCCUGCUCGUGAUGGACAAUCAGAAUCUGCAGGAGUUGUGGGACUGGAGCUUGCACAAGGAGAUGAGGAUACUGUCGAAGGAGGGGAAGCCGGGGAAGAUAUUCUUCCACCUGAAUCCGAAACUGUGCCUGUACAAGAUCGAGAUGCUGAGGGAGAAGGCGGGCCUGGGCCCGUUCACGGAUUACGAGGUGGCGCCGAACAGCAACGGGGACAAGGUGGCGUGCAACGUGACCGAGUUGAGGACGAGGGUGGGGAAGAAGUCGCCGUGGGGGGCGGUGAUCGAGUGGGAGCCGUUCAUCCACCACGACGCGAGAUCGCUGCUCGGCUACGUGGUUUACUUCAUCGAGGCGCCCAACAGGAACGUGACCAUGUACGACGGAAGGGACGCGUGCGGGGGGGACGGCUGGAAGGUGGACGACGUCUCCGCGAGCACCAACUCGUCCCUGAUGGACAGCAGGCAGGAGAAGAGCGUGCACACCCACUACUUGUCCCAGCUGAAGCCGUACACCCAGUACGCCUAUUACGUGAAGACUUACACGAUCGCGACCGAGAGGUCCGGGGCGCAGAGCAACCUCACGUACUUCAGGACCAUGCCCGAGGCGCCCAGCUCGCCCAGGUCUCUCAUCACGUGGAGCAACUCGAGCAGCGAGUUGCUCAUGUCCUGGCUACCGCCCCUCCACAACAACGCCCACCUCACCCAUUACCGCAUCACGGGCAAGUGGGAGCCGGACGAUCCGAAUUUCAUCGAUCAGCGAAACUAUUGCGAGGAACCCAUGAUGCUGUCCGACAAGAAACCGAUCACCCUCGCCGAGGAGGAGAGGAAACGGAUGGAGGAGGAGAAGGAGCAGAUGGUGCCCGAAACGGGGACCUGCGAGUGCGCCGAUCGGGAGACCGAUCAAUCUCUAAGGGAGAAAGAGGCGUCGAGCGCGAUCGAUUUCGAGGACGCGUUGCACAACCAAGUGUACGUGAAACGUAAACCGAGGAGGAAGCGGGACGUCUCGGAUAUAUUGUUCAGGAAAACGAAAUCGUUGGAUCAGCCCGUGAACAAGAAGGUGAACGGAACGUAUAUAACAUUCGAGGAGAACGUGCCAAGCACGAAUCGUUCCUUCGUGAUGAAAGAUCUCCGCCACUUCGCCGCGUACAACAUCGAGGUGCAGGCGUGCAGGGCGCAGGAGAUGAACGACACUUACAAGAAAUGCUCGACCAAGAGCAUGAGGACGUAUCGCACGUUGCCGUUGGAGAGCGCCGACAACAUUCCCCCGAAUACGUUCAAGAUGAGCAUAUCGGGCGAGAACAACAGCCUCACCAUGGUCACGCUUCAAUGGGACGAGCCACCGCAGCCCAACGGCCUGAUCAUCACCUAUCAGAUCGAGUACAAGAGGGUCGACAUACAGAACUAUAAACCGACCGUGGUGUGCAUCACGAGGCGGGACUUCACCAAGGCUGGCAACUCGUACGUCCUCAAGGAGCUUCCAGCGGGGAAUUAUUCGGUGAAAGUUCGAGCGACGNGCCUCGCGGGGAACGGGGCGUACACCCACGUGAAAUACUUCUACAUCGAGGAACGGAACACUAUGAACACGUUCUGGAUAGUGUUCUGGCUCCUGUUCUGCGCCGUCCUCGUCGUCUUCGGCUCGGUCGCUUUCUACGCGUGUAAACGGAAAUUUUUGAGGAACGUGCCCAACGUGACGCUGAUCGCCACCGUGAAUCCCGAGUACGUGAGCACGCCGUACGUAUUGGACGAGUGGGAGGUGCCCAGGGAGAAGAUCGAGAUGCUGAGGUCGCUGGGGACCGGCACGUUCGGUAUGGUGUACGAGGGAAUCGCGAAGGACAUCGUGAAAGGGAAGUCGGAGGUUCGCUGCGCCGUGAAGACGGUGAACAAGGACGCGACCGAUCGAGAGCGAAUCGAGUUUCUCAACGAGGCGUCCGUGAUGAAAGGUUUCGACGCUCACCACGUGGUGAAGCUGUUAGGCGUGGUGACCCGUGGUCAGCCAACGUUGGUGAUCAUGGAGCUGAUGGUGAACGGGGAUCUGAAGAGGUAUCUGAGGAGCCACAGGCCGUGCGAGAACAUGUCGAACGCGCCCCCAAAAUUGGACAGGAUACUGCAGAUGGCGAUCGAAAUAGCGGACGGGAUGGCUUAUCUGUCCACCAAGAAGUUCGUGCAUCGAGAUCUGGCGGCCCGAAAUUGCAUGGUGGCCGAAGACUUGACGGUGAAGGUGGGCGACUUUGGAAUGACCAGGGACAUCUACGAGAGGGAUUAUUAUAGGAAGGGGAGCAAGGGUUUGUUGCCGGUCAGGUGGAUGGCGCCCGAGAGUCUGAAGGACGGUGUGUUCAGCAGCUAUUCCGACGUGUGGAGUUACGGUGUCGUUCUCUGGGAAAUGGUCACCUUCGCGUCCCAGCCUUAUCAAGGUUUAUCCAACGAGCAGAAGGAGGCGUUGUCGCCCGUCGAAUACGUGAACAAACCCGAGACGUUGAACAACGGGUACAUAGGUGGCACGACCACGUAG